GACGGAACCAGGAAGCCCUCCAGGAGAAGGAGUUCUACCAGGAGAACGUUCCCCUUUUUGGGGAACCCUACAAGAUCUCCUCUAGAGCAGUGAAGUUCUGGGGCUGUUGCUGGGCAACACGGACUUUCAACUCCCUCCAAAGAUUUUCUAUGGGGUUGAGAUCUGGAGACUGGCUAGGACACUGCAGGACCUUGAAAUGCUUCUUACGAAGCCACUCCUUCGUUGCCCGGGCGGUGUGUUUGGGAUCAUUGUCAUGCUGAAAGACCCAGCCACGUUUCAUCUUCAAUGCCCUUGCUGAUGGAAGGAGGUUUUCACUCAAAAUCUCACGAUACACGGCCCCAUUCAUUCUUUCCUUUACACGGAUCAGUCGUCUUGGUCCCUUUGCAGAAAUACAGCCCCAAUGCGUGAUGUUUCCACCCCCAUACUUCACAACGGACCUGGACAUGUACUGGCUUAAGCAGGGGGACACGUCUGGCACUGCAGGAUUUGAGUCCCUGGCUGCGUAGUGUGUUACUAAUGACAAACAAAGGAGAUGAGCUUUCCUGCCGUAUACAGGGGAUGCUGGGUAGUUAUGAAGAUGUGAAAAUCUCCAACUCUCAUCUGUGUUUGGACAGUAGCUUCUCUAAUGACCCUCCAUUUCACGUCACCACAACAUAUAGGCGGCCAUCUCACAGCCGAGACAGAGUGAAGCCUGCAUUCCAGAACACUCCUCUGUACGGGGCAGGCCAGAAUGGUAGUGGUGGUCCCUCCAUUAGCAGGCAAACUUCUCAGCCUCUGAAGAGGCUCCCUGUUCCCUCCUCCCACACCCUGUCCUCACUGGGUCUCAGUCAAGGCCAGGCCAGCCCUGAUCCCCUCCAGGGGAAACCUGAACCCUGCCCCUGGCCAGACCUGAGGGAGUGUGCCAGUCUUAUUCCGGUCCUCUCCACCCUGUCCCCCCCAGCUGAGCCCCUAUCCCCCCUACAUUCCAGUGACCCCAGCGACUCUGAGCCCCAGGACACCCCUGACAGGCACCAAGGAUCCCCCCUGCACACCGACUCCCCUGUCCCAAUGGAGGGGUCCCCUCUGGAUGACCCCCAGAGAGACAUCCCACUUCUGGCCAUCGAGGGAGCAACAACCCUGUCCUCUCAAACAUUCCCUCUACCACUGGCCUCUAAACCAAAUCUGGUCAUGCCCCAGAAGCCCACAGCCUACGUCCGGCCCAUGGACGGCCAGGACCAGGUGACCAGCGAGUCUCUGGACCUCAAGCCCUCUCCUGAAGGAUUCCAUGGACAGUCUUAUCAUGAACCCUUACCAGACUUGAAAAGCACCAAGCCCAGCCUUUUCAAACUGAAGAUUCCAUCACAGUCUAUAGAGACUCUGUCAAAUAAAGCUCACUGUGUGGAGGACAUUCUGAGGGAAAUGACCCACUCUUGGCCUCCUCUCCUGACUGCCAUCCACACACCCAGCACAGCUGAGCCCUCCAGGUUCUCCUUCCCAGUCAAGGAAGCACAGCAUGUCCCACCUACAUUUCCAGGACAAAAACACUAUGGAUCACCUCCGCUAGCCUCUUCCUCCAGACUCAUCUGUCAACAGAGCUCAUCGUCCUUCAGUACGGUUGUAGCAACACAUUCCAGUGGGGUGGAGUCAGCCAGCUCCAGUGACUCCGAGAGCAGCUCAGGGUCAGACUCAGACAGUGAGAGCAGUGAGAGUGGGACAGAGGAGGCCCCACAACCCAUCAGGAGCAGCAGCCCACCAGUACCCAAGGCUGAAGGCCCCGUGGUGACUAACUGGCAGCUGAAUAACUGGAUCAGAGUGAGCCAGCAGAACCCCAUCACAGAGAGCCAGAGUGACACUGUCCAAAGCCCUUUACCAAAACAGCAGCAGAGCCAUGACUCAGAGGAGGAGGCCAUUCCUCCCAGGGACUACAAAUCCCACAUACCACCACAAUACCCAGAGUUCAGCGAUAGUGAAGCCAAACCUCCAGGAAGUGAGGACGUUGCCUGCAAACAGCAUGUCCGCCACAAGUCCCCGGCCGUCUCACAUGUUGGGGACAGCAGCAGCCAGAGAAAAACUGUGGGGAUCAAACAUCCCUCCAGACCAGUUAAGGCUCCCCGUCCUGAGGACUCCCAGGCUGGGCUGCGGGUUGAGAGUGUGGAGGUGGCCCCCCGCGACAAAGACCUCUCGUUCACAGACAUGCCAAAGGUCAAAACGAAAACCGGGCACAGCAGCAAGAGUGGCAGCGCCAUAACGGACAGUAAGAAGCCUGCCAAGCGCAACUCUUUGGAGAAGAGGAAGACUAAACAACCAGAGUCUGGGAGCAGUGGUCCCAAGAUGACUCUGAUGCUGGACUGUAAGAGGGAGAGGUCUCGCAGUCCCAGCCCUGCCCGGGUGGUGGAAACCUCCGUCAGUGUCAGGAAAGAGACCCUCCCGGCCCCUCAGAAGGGCCAGAAAACGCCCAGGAGCUACUCUGCAGCUGCAGCACACCAGGCCAAACGGGAGUCCUCAGCCAAAGCUUCCAGGGUCCCCCAGGGACCUCCACAUGCCCUGCUGGUGAAGAUUGAGCUCAAUCUGCUGUCCAGGGUCCCUCCCCAGGGCUCCAGGCCUUCUCAUGGAGGCCAGGAACCAACCAGCAGGAAGAGACCCAACACAGCCCCAGAGAGGGGAGACGGGGACCCUGUUUCCCCCAUCGCUACCAAAGUCUGCAAAAAGAGACCGGCUGAGAAGGAUGUGAAAUCCCUGCCAAGGAAGAAGCCAAAACUGGAGAAAGAUCUCAAACACUCCUCUUCAUGUCCUGGUUCCUGCAAGUCUGCGACGCCCAAGAACCCUGGAGAGGAGGAGGUGGAGAGGAAGCGGUCGAAGAAGGGGACUUCUGUCCCUCUGCAAGACCCUGGGAAAGAGCCGGGGAGGCGCAAGCGGCAUGCGGGGGAGACCCCAGAGCCCAACGCUGCCUCAGCAGCCAAAAGCAAGGACAGGGAGGCCUCCACCCCCGUCAAACACAAGAAGGGCACUGGGAAACGACACACAGAGCAUUCCAAGACUGGCAAGGCCCCCAAGAGCAGCUUUGCCUUCUCUGUGCCUGCCCAGCUCACCGGGGGUUCCCUGUCCUCCAGACCCCUGCUCAAGGUCGAGGACAGGCAGCACCCAGUGGAGUAUCAUAUGAAGGAAGCCAAAAAACUCAAGCACAAAGCAGAUGCCACGUCUGAUAAGGUGGGCAAAGUUUUCAACUACCUCGAUGCUGCCAUGUCCUUUGUGGAGAGCGGCAUCGCUAUGGAAACCGAUCCCCAGACCCCGAAGUCAGCAUAUACGAUGUUCGCUGAAACCUUGGAUCUGAUAAGGUUCAUACUGAAACUGAAGGGCUCUGUGGACCCCUCUGCCCCUGUUACAGACAAGGAUUUUAUAAUAUUAUGUAUGAGGUGCCAGUCCCUUCUACAGAUGGCCAUGUUUCGCUACAAAAGAGAAAUGGCACUUAAGUAUUCAAGGACCCUCACGGAUCAUUUCAAGAGCUCCUCCAAGUCUGCAGCCCCCUACCAAUGUGUCUCAAAAAGCACGGGCACACCAUCCCCCAUGUCUCCCAUGCCGUCUCCUGCCAGCACAGCCAGCUCUGGGCCAGGCUCCAAUCACAGCAGUGGGGUGGGGAUGGGCAAUGUGAGCACUGUGGCCAUUCCCCAGGUCAUCCAGCAGGUGGCAUCGUCCUACGUCAACAUCACAGCACUCUUCCUGAGUGCUCACGACAUCUGGGAGCAGGCUGACGAGCUGGCACACAGAGGCAGUGGUUUGUUGUCUGAGCUGGACUCAGCUCUGGGCCAGUUGAGCCUGACCUCCACCAUGAGCUCUCUGGUGCGACACACACGGCAGGGACUGCAGUGGCUCCGACUGGACACCUGCGAGACACAAUGACUGUUUCUCAACCCCACCCAGCACUACACAGCCCUGCUUACUCCUGCCGUACUCCUACAGUGCCCAGCCCUGGAUAACCCUGUCCGGGACAUCCUAUUUGGCUUUAUUUAUUGACAGGCCAUCAGGCGAAAGCAGGAUCCCAAGUCCCUCCUCUACAAGUUGUUCAUAUGGAUACAAAGUCAACUUUUAUUACAUUUUUCCCAACUACCUAUGAAACUGAUGUUCAGAGACCCUGUGUCCCACACACUUCCGGGUCCUCGUCCUCUGUUGGUCAUAUGGAUGGGUCCAUUAACAAAUCAACUAUCACAUCCAUCUCUGGAGGCAGCAGGGCCUGCUAGACCUGUAGUGAGCUGAAUGAGACUCUCCCUUUCUGAAUAAUUUGUCACACAGCCAACUGACUGUGGCCUGGCCACCCCUCUGGGCCCUGUAUCCCCUGGGGGUUAGACAGUGGGAAGGUUGGCUGAAGAACUGACUUUUGGGAGGGAUCAAAGAGUCCUCCCACCCUUCUCCUGUGGUAAUGCAAAGCAGUGAUGAUAAAAAGCUUAUUUAUUAGCCUUAUUAUAUUAUCACUAUUUUUAUAUUGUUUCAGUAAAAUUUUGUUUGAUCAAAAGCGGUGUCAUGGCCAAUAUUUACUUCACCCAGCUGAAAAGGCCUAUAGAACUACAGGUAUCCAUCCAUCCCAGACCCAUCCUAUAAUAAUAGUAAUAAUAAUAUUGGUUAACUCCUGCAGAAUAUAACCAGUAUCUCUGCGCUCUAUAAAGUAUUUCUAAAUUGAUUUUGCCCUGAAAAAUUGACAUGCCACAAGAUGGCCCUGGUCACUUUCUGUGAAUAUGUUUGUUUAUUAUUCUUCUUCUCUUUUCUCUUCAAAUGAGAUUGAAUCUACCUGCCAGGACGGGUCCACUAUGUUAAUUCAGUCAUAACAGAAAUAUAGUGCAUUCGGAAAUUAUUCAGACCCCUUGAGUUUUUCCACAUUUUGUAACGUUAAAGCCUUAUUCUAAAAUUGCUUAUAUUGUUUUUUGCCCUUCAUCAAACUACACACAAUACCCCACAAUGGCAAAGCAAAAACAAGUUUAUAUCAAUGUUUUCAAAUUAAUAUUAAAAAAUAUUAAAAAAUGAAAUCACAUUUACAUAAGUAUGCACACCCUUUUUCAGUACUUUGUUGAAGGACCUUUGGCAGCGAAUACAGCCUCGAGUCUUGGGUAGGAUGCUACAAGCUUGGCACACCUGUAUUUGGGGAGUUUCUCCCAUUCUUCUCUGCAGAUCCUCUCAAGCUCUGUCAGGUUGGAUGGGGAGUGUCGCUGCACAGCUAUUUUCAGGUCUCUCCAGAGAUAUUUGAUUGGGUUCAAGAAUCAGCUCUGGCUGGGCCACUCAAGGACAUUCAGAGACUUGUCCCAAAGCCACUCCUGCAUUGUCUUGGCUGUUUGCUUAGGGUCGUUGUCCUGUUGGAAGGUGAACCUUCACCCCAGUCUGAAGUCCCUGAGUGCUCUGGAGCAGGGUUCCCUCAAGGAUCUCUCUAUACAUCUUUCCCUCAAUCCUGACUAGUGUCCCAGUCCCUUGUCGCUGAAAAACAUCCCCACAGCAUGAUGCUGCUGCUGCCACCAUGCUUCACUGGUGCCAGGUUUCCUCCAGAUGUGAUGCUUGGCAUUCAGGCCAAAGAGUUCAAUCUUGGUUUCAUCAGACCAGAGAAUCUUGUUUCUCAUUGUCUGAGAGUCUUUAAUGGCCUUUUGGCAAACUGCAAGUGGGCCUUCAUGUGCCUUUUUACUGAGGAGUGGACUCUGUCUGGCCACUCUACCAUAAAGGCCUGAUUUGGUAGAGUGCUACAGAGAUGGUUGUCCUUCUGGAAGGUUUUUCCAUCUCCGCAAGAGGAUCUCUGAAGCACUGUCAGAGUGGCCAUCGGGUUCUUGGUCACCUCCCUGACCAAGGCCUUUCUCCCCCGAUUGCUCAGUUUGGCCGAGCGGCCAGCUCUAGGAAGAAUCUUGGCAGUUCCAAACUUUUUCCAUUUAAGAAUGAUGGAGGCCACUGUGUUCUUGGGAACCUUCAAUGGUGCAGACAUUUUCUGGCACCCUUCCCCAGAUCUGUACCUCUACACAAUCCUGUCUCGGAGCUCUACAGUCAAUUCCUUCAACCUCAUGGCUUGGUUUUUGAAUUGACAUGCACGUUCAACUGUGGGACCUUAUAUAGACAGGAGUGUUCCUUUUCUAAAUCCAAGUUGUAGAAACAUCAAGGAUGAUCAAUGGAAACAGGAUGCACCAGAGCUCAAUUUGAGUCUCAUAGCAAAGGGUCUGAAUACUUAUGUAAAUAAGGUAUCUUUUUUAUUUGCAAAAAAUGUCGACCUGUUUUCGCUUUGUCAUUAUGGGUUAGUGUGUAGAUUGAUGAGGAACAUUUUUUUAUUUAAUCAAUUUUAAAAUAAGGCUGUGACCUAACAAAAUGUUGAAAAAGUUAAGGGGUCUAAAUACUUUCCGCAUGCACUGUAUGCUUUGAUUUGAGUUGGAUAAAAAGUGUGCCUUAUAUGUUUAAAGGAGACUUAAGUCUGUCUUCCCAAAUUAAAUACUUUUUGAAAGUAGCAUCAUGGAUAAUUAACACAGCGAAUCCCAAAAACAGAAGUCAAGUGACUAUGUAUGUGGGAGGAGUUUCUCAACUCCUCCCACAUACAUAGUCACGAUAGUCUGAAAGUCAAGUCCUACUCUUCCCUUUACUAUACUAACAGUCAUGACCGUUGGAAAGGAUGCACUGUUUGACUGGCAGCCUGAGAAAGCACUGACAGGUGGUUCUGUUUACAUCAUUUGCAUAGCUCUGAUGUACAUACGGUAUACAUUGACAAGUUUUGUUUUCAAAAUCAUCUAAAUUAUUGCUGCUUUUUAGUGCUGUUCUUGAAACGACUACUGACCUUUGUUAUCUAGAGAUAAUGGGCAAUAGAGUCAAUGUGUCUCAAAUUGCAGCCUAUUCUCUAUUUUUGACCAAGUAGUGCAUAAUAUAGGGAAUAUGGUCCCAAUUGUGGCACAGACAAUGUCUAGAUGAGUAUUGUAUGUUUAGGCCUAUUCAUGGAGUUUAAAGACUGAGAUGUAGACCCUGUCUUGCAGUAGAAUAAAAGACAGCAUUUCCCUUUUAAAUCAAAUCAAAUUUUAUUUGUCACAUACACAUGGUUAGCAGAUGUUAAUGCGAGUGUAGCGAAAUGCUUGUGCUUCUAGUUCCGACAAUGCAGUAAUAACCAACAAGUAAUCUAACUAACAAUUCCAAAACUACUGUCUUAUACACACAAGUGUAUAAGGGGAUAAAGAAUAUGUGCAUAAAGAUAUAUGAAUGAGUGAUGGUACAGAGCAGCAUAGGCAAGAUACAGUAGAUGGUAUCGAGUACAGUAUAUACAUAUGAGAUGAGUAUGUAAACAAAGUGGCAUAGUUAAAGUGGCUAGUGAUACAUGUAUUACAUAAAGAUGCAGUAGAUGAUAUAGAGUACAGUAUAUACGUAUACAUAUGAGAUUAAUGAUGUAGGGUAUGUAAACAUUAUAUUAGGUAGCAUUGUUUAAAGUGGCUAGUGAUAUAUUUUACAUCAUUUCCCAUCA